UUUUGUUACAAAAAUCUCUUUACUUUUAAAUUUAAUCACUUUCUUAAAUAUUACUAUCUGGAUCCACACAAUCACCAUUCUUAGAACAGUUUCGAGACGGGCAAAUGAAGGCUUCUCUACUUUUUCUCUUCUUGCUUGGAUGCACUUUAAUUUACGCAAAGACGACUAAGGAUGUGACUGAGUUACAGAUUGGUGUGACGGGUAGGCCAGCAUCAUGUGACAUUCAAGCUCACAAAGGUGAUAGAAUCAAGGUUCACUACCGUGGGAAGCUCACUGAUGGGACUGUUUUCGACUCUAGUUUUGAACGGGGUGACCCCAUUGAGUUUGAGCUAGGCGCUGGUCAAGUAAUUAAAGGAUGGGACCAAGGGUUACUGGGGAUGUGCGUUGGUGAGAAACGGAAACUGAAAAUUCCUGCAAAGUUGGGAUAUGGACCCCAAGGCUCUCCACCAACCAUACCAGGUGGUGCAACACUCAUUUUUGACACUGAGCUUGUUUCUGUUAAUGGGAAACCAUCAAGUGGUGGAAACUCAAAUGAUGUUGAUGACAGUGAGCUAUAGUCAAAGCAACCAUUCUACCACUUUCCCCUUUGGGUUUCUUAGAUUUACUGAUUACCUUAUCCAUGAAACCUAUUAACUUUUAGUUAUGGACAUUUAUGGCAAAAAGGUCUGGUUAUGACCUAAGUUUCCUCUAUAUUGAAUUAUAGAGAUACUUGGCAAUUUUUCUCUCCAAGUUUUAUAUCUUCCGUUUUGAUCA